AUGAAAAAGAACGAUGGCGCGAGUAAAUUCAGCCAAUCGAAAACAUUGAAGGAACAGAGAGAGUUUUUACCGGCUUUUGCUGUCCGUGAAGACUUAUUAAGAGUUAUUAGAGACAAUCAGGUAGUCAUUGUUGUUGGUGAAACGGGAUCCGGGAAGACAACCCAACUCACUCAGUUUCUUCAUGAAGACGGUUUUGGAAGAAUAGGGAUGAUUGGAUGUACACAGCCACGGAGAGUGGCAGCUAUGAGUGUGGCUAAACGUGUUAGUGAGGAAAUGGAGUGCAGACUAGGAAGUACUGUUGGAUAUGCGAUUCGAUUCGAAGACUGCACUAGUAAAGAAACUGUUAUCAAGUACAUGACUGAUGGAGUUUUACUGCGUGAGUCACUCAAUGAACCUGAUCUUGAUCGAUAUUCUUGUGUAAUUAUGGAUGAAGCUCAUGAAAGAGCACUGAAUACCGACAUUCUCAUGGGGCUAUUCAAGAAAGUGCUAGCUCGUCGACGAGACCUGAAACUUAUCGUUACAUCUGCUACGAUGAAUUCUAAAAGAUUCUCCGACUUCUACGGUGGAGCACCAGAAUUUUUUAUUCCAGGCAGGACAUUUCCGGUUGAUAUCUUAUACCAUCGGUCGCCCGUAGAAGAUUAUGUAGACCAGGCCGUGCAACAGGUUCUUGCCAUUCAUGUUUCAAUGGCUGCUGGCGAUAUCCUUGUAUUCAUGACCGGUCAGGAGGAUAUUGAAGUCACUUGCGAGUUAAUUCAAGAACGACUGGAUGCGCUAAAUAACCCACCCAAGCUCAGCAUACUUCCAAUUUACAGCCAAAUGCCUGCUGACCUACAGGCAAAAAUUUUUGAUAAAGCACCGCCUGGUGUCAGGAAAGUGAUAGUGGCUACGAAUAUUGCAGAGACAAGUUUAACGGUUGAUGGAAUUAUGUACGUCGUAGACUCUGGAUAUUCAAAACUCAAGGUCUAUAAUCCAAGGAUGGGAAUGGAUACAUUACAAAUUACGCCCAUCUCUCAAGCUAAUGCCUCGCAGAGAGCCGGACGUGCUGGACGGACCGGACCUGGAAAAGCAUUUCACCUUUUUACAGAAGCUGCAUUCAAAGACGAGAUGUAUAUUCAAACAAUUCCAGAGAUACAGCGCACAAAUCUUAGUAACAUUGUGCUACUCCUUAAAUGGCUGGGCGUCAAAGAUUUGUUAGAAUUUGACUUUAUGGACCCGCCUCCACAAGACACUAUUACAACCUCUCUCUUCGAUUUAUGGUCUCUAGGUGCAUUGGAUCAUAUCGGUAAUCUUACAGAUAUGGGGCGAAAGAUGACGGCAUUUCCCAUGGAUCCCUCAUUAGCAAAACUUCUUAUUACUUCGGAGGAAUACGCUUGCAAUGAAGAAGUUCUGACAAUAGUUUCAAUGCUAUCGGUACCAAACGUGUUUUAUAGACCAAAAGAACGCCAAGAAGAAUCUGACGCUGCGCGCGAAAAAUUUUUUGUCCCGGAAUCAGACCAUUUAACAUACCUGCAUGUUUAUUCCCAGUGGAAGUCAAAUGGAUAUUCUGAUGCAUGGUGCAUCCGGCAUUUUCUUCAUCCCAAGUCACUCCGUCGUGCUAAAGAAAUUCGUGAGCAACUUUUGGAGAUUAUCAAAAUGCAAAAGAUGACUCUGGUGAGUUGUGGUACUGAUUGGGAUGUUAUUCGGAAAUGCAUCUGCUCCGGCUACUAUCAUCAGGCCGCUAAGGUCAAGGGGAUUGGAGAGUACGUCAAUCUUAGGACUAGUGUCACGGUCCAAUUACAUCCAACUAGCGCGCUAUAUGGACUCGGCUACCUACCUGAUUACGUCGUAUACCAUGAACUCAUCCUUACAUCUAAGGAGUACAUGUCCACAGUCACUGCGGUCGAUCCCUACUGGCUUGCAGAACUCGGCGGUGUUUUCUAUUCAGUGAAGGAGAAGGGCUACUCAGCACGCGAGAAGCGAGUUACUGAAGUCAAGUUCAAUCGCAAAAUGGAGAUUGAAGCAAAAAUGGCCCAAGAUAAGGAUCGGGAGGAGCGACGUUUAGAACAUGACUCUACUGAGGCUUUGGCAAAACCAGCCUCUUCCUCAGUGAAGAAGAUUUCAUCACAUGGAGCGGUGCGUAGACCGCCGAAAAAGCGACCAGGUCGUGCAUUUUGA